UAUAAGACCCAAGUUCAGGUGUGUGCUGGUCACAACUCACCUGGUUGACGCUACGACAACAAGGCACCUUCAGUCUUACCUGUGUACUGUAGGUCAACACUAAACAGUAGGGAGAAUGUUAAACUUUGUGUCGGCAGUGUUGUUAUUGACGCUAGUGGGUGUGGUCAGCCCUCAGUGUAUCACCACCAACGAUACUCAGUCCCCACCACUCCACCCUGACCUGGGCCACAUCCUCCCCUUCAGCUUGGGUUUGUUCAAGGAGCUCUACGUCCCCGGCAGCGCCACGGGCAACUUCUUCUUCUCCCCCUUCAGCAUCUGGAACGCCCUCGUCUUGGCCUACUUCGGGUCGGCUGGCAGAACCCGGGAGCAACUGCAACGGGUUCUCAACCUUAAGAACCCAGCUGAUACCCUGGCCACUUACAAGGCCGUGGACCGUCUGUACGCAGAGCGACAGGCCAACAGCAGCGACUAUGUGAUCGAUUUGGCCAACCGAAUCUACGUGGACGUAAAUUUACCCCUCCGUGACUGUGUGAACCACGUCCUUUCUGAGGAGGUCCAGCUGCUCAACUUCUCCCAGGUAAACGAGGCAGCCAACAAGAUUAACCAAUUCGUGUCGGAGACAACACGGAGCAAAAUCACGCAGGUGGUCACCCCCCUGGACCUUGAGAACGCCGUCAUGGCGGUGGUUAACGCGGCCUACUUCAAGGGCCUCUGGCUCACACCCUUCAAGACUUCCCUCACCUCCAAGGAUAAGUUCUUCACAUCCCCAAACCAACACACACUAGUCGACAUGAUGAAUCUAAACGAUUACUUUAAAGUAGGAAUAUCAAGUGAGCUGGGUGCUACAGUGCUUGAGCUGCCGUACAAGGGAGAGGCCGCGUCCAUGUUUGUGCUGCUGCCUGACUCUGCGGCGACCGACGACAACACCACAACACCCCUGGACUCCAUGCUGACCCGCCUCACCCCAUACACUCUCAGAGCUGCCCUCGCCACCCUGACAAAUCAAGAAGUCGUCAUCAAGAUCCCCAAGUUCGAGAUGGAAAAGAGAAUCAAAAAAGAACUUAAAGGGGCUCUCCAGCGUCUAGGGAUCCGAGACAUCUUCAGUAACUCUGCUGACAUGUCCAUCUUUGAUCCUUCACGUCAAAUUAUAUUGGAAGAGACCAUCCAUAAGGCCGUAAUAGAAGUAAACGAGGAGGGUUCAGAGGCUGCGGCUGCAACAGUGGGAUUCUUCAUUAAAAUACUUCCUUUCCGAAUUAUAUGUAACCGCCCCUUUCUAUUCUUCAUCCACGAUAACCAUACCCAUAAUAUUCUCUUUAUGGGCGUCUACAGGCAGCCAUGCUACGACAACAAGACACCUUCAGUCUUACCUGUGUACUGUAGGUCAACACUAAACAGUAGAAUGUUAAACUUUGUGUCGGCAGUGUUGUUAUUGACGCUAGUGGGUGUGGUCAGCCCUCAGUGUAUCACCACCAACGAUACUCAGCCCCCGCCACUCCACCCUGACCUGGGCCACAUCCUCCCCUUCAGCUUGGGUUUGUUCAAGGAGCUUUACGUCCCCGGCAGCGCCACGGGCAACUUCUUCUUCUCCCCCUUCAGCAUCUGGAACGCCCUCGUCUUGGCCUACUUCGGGUCGGCUGGCAGAACCCAGGAGCAACUGCAACGGGUUCUCAACCUUAAGAACCCAGCUGAUACCCUGGCCACUUACAAGGCCGUGGACCGUCUAUACGCAGAGCGACAGGCCAACAACAGCGACUAUGUGAUCGAUUUGGCCAACCGAAUGUACGUGAACGUGAGCUUUACCCUCCGUGACUGUGUGAGCCAGGUCCUCUCUGAGGAGGUCCAGUUCCUCAACUUCUACCAGAACGACGAGGCAGCCAACAAGAUCAACCAAUUCGUGUCGGAGACAACACGGAGCAAAAUCACGCAGGUGGUCACCCCCCAGGACCUUAAGAACGUCGUCAUGGCGUUGAUUAACGCCGCUUACUUCAAGGGCCUCUGGCUCACACCCUUCAAGACUUCCCUCACCUCCAAGGAUAAGUUCUUCACAUCCCCAAACCAACACACACUAGUCGACAUGAUGAAUCUAAACGAUUACUUUAAAGCAGGCAUAUCAAGUGAGCUGGGAGCUAGAGUGCUUGAGCUGCCGUACAAGGGAGAGGCCGCGUCCAUGUUUGUGCUGCUGCCUGACUCUGGGGCGACCGACGACAACACUACAACACCCCUGGACGCCAUGCUGACCUACCUCAACCCAUACUCUCUCAGAGCUGCCCUCGCCACACUGAGAACACAAAGAGUCCUCAUCAGGAUCCCCAAGUUCAAGAUGGAAAAGGGGAUCAAAGAAGAACUUAAAGAGGCUCUCCAGCGUCUUGGGAUCCGAGACAUCUUCAGUGACUCUGCUGACAUGUCCAUCUUUGAUCCUUUACGUCAGCUUAAAGUGAAAGAGACCAUCCAUAAGGCCGUAAUAGAAGUAAACGAAGAGGGUUCAGAGGCUGCGGCUGCAACAGUGGGACUCAUUGUUCCCUUGUCGGGCCCGUUACGAUUCAUAUGUAAUAGGCCCUUCCUAUUCUUCAUCCACGAUAACCAUACCAAUAACAUUCUCUUUAUGGGCGUCUACAGGCAGCCUUGAACCCACACAAAACCAUAAUGUACACCCUUAUAGAACACCAAUAUAACUUAGGCACCUACAAAGAGACCUCCGUAAUAUCUUGACUAUCACUGCCCACUAUUAUGUUUACGUGACCAUAAUAAUGUAAAAUAUAUCCCCUGUAAUGUGGUCGUGAUGUGAUCAACUGUGUAUGUGAGUUACAAGUGUUCCCCAAGAACUGACUGACAGUGAAGGCUGCCGCAGUAACAUUCUAACCCUAAUGUUUCGAAAUUAUGAAAUAUAUAAACAACCUGGAAAAUAAUAUUCAAUUUAGUUCCUGAAUAAAAUAUACAUUAUU